AUGACUAGGAAGUCGCUCUUCGAUUCAGAAAACACCAAAGAAUUACUUUCUCUUAAUCGAAAAUGUCAAUUGCCUAAAUUCUCUAUUUCUGGAUAUUCUAAUGAAUUGAAUAAUCUUCUGUUUGGUUUACUUGAAUCAAAUCCACUCAAGAGGUUAUCAUCAGAGGAGGCAUUGAUAAUCAUGAACAUUACCCAAAUGACUCAGGAACUGCAAUUCUCCUAAUUCACUACAUUUCAAUAUGAUUAAGAUGAUUUUGAAGUCGAACACUCAAUAGACUUUGCUAAUGCACCUUAUCAAUUCCCUAAUAAAUUCCUGAAAUACGAAUUGGAAAACAGUUUCCAUUGCAACGAAGAUCAUAAGCAUUCUAGCUUACAUAAAUCGUUCAAACUUUCAUUCAGUCUAAGAUUAAGUUAGGAAAUUCCCAAAUAAGACUUUAUUAUUGAAGACUUUCAAAAUGUACCCUCAUGA